AGAAAACGUUAAAAAUUAUAAAAAGCAUUUUACCGUGCAGCUUGGAGUUUAGUUUUGAUUUAAACACUGACUUGAACUCAUCGACUAUGGCCAUUCUGGAGUCAUGAAUUCAGCGGCAUUUCUUUACCACAUUAGUUGCAUUGUCGGGAGAAGAUACGCAUAUUUAUGUGAAAUUAAGACAACACAUUUGUGAAUGCAGAAAUUAUUUAGAAUGUGAGAUCCUGGAUCAUGGUCUGUUUUCCAGAAAGGAAAGUUCAUUUGUAAACACAAGGAUAUAACUGUGUGUAGUGGAAGAUAAUCUCUAAGAUCUGUGAAAAAAAUACACAUAAGUGAAAAAAUAACAGAUUAAUAGAUACGGAAAUAUAAACAAAAAAAAAUUGUGCAUAUUAUUUAACUUGUCCCAAGAAAGACUAUAAAUAAAAAUUUUCUAUUUUUACAAAUUAUACUCUGUGGCAGUUACUAAGAAAAGAAUUACUUGUGAAUUAAAAAUAAAAGUGAGAAGGAUAGUUUUUUUUAAUCAAAUUAUUUCCGUAUUAUACAAAACUUUUAUAGAUGAAGAAUUAUCAAUUUUCUAUGACUAAUGAGGUGAAAAAAAGUAUAGAAUUUAUACCAUGUGAUUGACUUGAGAAAAGUGUGAGAAUGAGGGAAAGAAAAGAAGGAAAAAGUGUAUGAAGAUAGUGAAUGAAUUUUAUCUAACUAAUGACUAUUUUCUAGAUUCAAUAUAUGAUUUGAAGUGAUAACUACGUGAACGACGUGAACCGUAUUUUCUUGCCAGUGGGACAAAAGAAAAACGUGGUGAUAAGAAAAAUUUCUUGUGCGAUUGCACUUGGAUAUAUUUGAAAAGGCUUACAUACUAAAGACAAACAGAAAUGGCACUUGAAGAAUUUAAAUGUUGCAGUUUAGGACAUUCUAAAAUUUUCAAUAUUAUUUGGCGACCCUUCAGAAAGCGCCGUAGAACAUCACUGGAACCAUUGUUCCAUCCAAAUUGCAGUGCUUCGAUUACUUUAAGCCUUAUUUAUAUUAGUUUAAUAGUUUUGAGUGACUUUGUGAUGGUGGCAAAAUGUGAACAGUGGAGCAAUAAUAAGAGGCUAGUGGACAGUGAAGAUUCAGAAGCUCCACGAGAACCGUUGAGUUCCAGUGAUUUGGAUAGACUGCACCAACUCGUAAAGAUAGGAUUAAACAUCACCAAUUUGCCCAAUGUGGCACAGAUUAAUAUAAGUCAAAGAGAGUACGCAGAGAAGUACAAAUUGUACUUGGAGAGGGUUCAACAACGAAAACAACAGGACACGAAUUUUGUUGAUGAAGACGAUAGCGACCUCGUAUUUAAUUCAUUCGCUCCCACAUCUCAAGCCGAUUUUAGACGGAGACGUCCACGGAGUGUGACUCAUGAUUUAGUAUUCGUACGCUUUCCUCUGCCUGAAGCAGAACAACCACCACCUGGAAUUGAAGAAGCUACUCUGAGAGUCCUACUGCAGAAUCGCCAUCAUCACAAAAGUGCUAAUGUUACUCACGAUGGAAGCGUGAGUCUGAAGGUCUACCAGCUCAUUGAACCGUAUGGACGCAUCUUUUUAGACGGUCAGAUUGUUUCCUUGAAUCAUCUGGGUGGCAAUAAAUGGGUAGAACUGGAUGUGAGUCGUGCAGUUGAGAGUUGGAUGGAAGCCCGUCAUCAAAAUCUCGGACUCGAAGUACAUUGCGAUGGAUGUCAUCGGAAAGGACUUCACGUUGUUCAUGAUGCCUCACAGUUUGGUGAUACUGAUGACGAUGCUAAUCCAGCCCUCAACAUCGUAACACGUGUUGUCCAACGAGAAAAGCGUUCACGUCAAUACAAGCACUACAUCCAGCAUCCGAUUCGACGACCGCGUCAGACGGAUUGCCAGAAAAACAACCAAAAGUGCUGCAGGCAUCGAAUGGAGGUGGCGUUCAAGGAUGUCAAAGGAUACGAGUUCAUUAUUCAGCCAAAAUCUUUCGAUGCCGGCUUCUGCCGUGGCAAAUGUCCUCCCAAAUACAAUCCAGCCCAUCAUCAUGCACUCCUACAGAGUCUCAUCUGGAAGCAGGACAAGAGUAAGGCUCCACGUCCUUGCUGUGCUCCACUCAAGCUCGUUGAUCUCGAGGUUUUGCAUGUGGACGAAAGGGAUCCCACGAAACUCAAAGUGGCUACAUGGACAGAUAUGCGUGUCUUAGAGUGCGCUUGUUCAUGAAGGCUAUCAUCGCUUCAGAGAGAGAGGCUCCUCUAAUGUGAUCCGUCGCAUUUUGUCAUUGAAAUGCGUCGCAAUCCGCCAUCGUUUCAUGAUCCGUGACAUGCUAGCACUGAAUCACACCAUUUUCACCAGUUGUUUCAUUUUAUAUGCCAAAGACCAAUAAAUGUGACUUCUUCAAUGUUCA